CUUCUACAUGAGGCGGCAUGGAAUCUGAAAACACAACCGAAUCAUAUAAAGAUAACCGGGAUCUGAGUCGCCAGUCCCAUCGGACUGUAAAGAAAGAUUCCCCAGCAUCAUCCGUGCAGAGGCACAAGAAGAACAUUCGGGGGAAGAUUAACAGUGAAGAUGAGAAAGAAAGUUGUAGUGAAAGCAGAUCAAGAACAAGAACGUGGCGCUCUGAUCCAGAUAAGGAUCAGAUAUCAGACGGAGACGGAAAGAGAAGCGAUGGUUCCUUUUAUUCGGAGGACUAUGAGAAUGACACGCCUUCAGAGCGCUCGCUUUCACCGUUCUCCCAGUCUCGUACUCCAUCCUCCAGCAUGCGAAGAGAGAUGCGGGCAAAACAGAUUUCUAGAAACCCCCUCUACAAAACAGGGCGCUGGGGUGUGUCUCGACCACAGCGGCCAGGGGGCUUUCCCCUGACCCUGCAGCAUCGCCGAGGAGUCCGCUCACAAAGUAAAGAGUCAACACCGCCUAAAGACCUGGACCUGGUCACCAAACGGAUGCUCUCAGCCCGCCUCCUGAAGAUCAACGAGCUGCGCAACUCUCUCUCAGAGCUGCAGCACCGCACCGACGAGCUCAAGAAGGAGAAUCGUAUUCUCAGACAACUUCAGGUGCGUCAGGAGAAAGCCCUGCAGCGUUACGACGACACAGAGAGCGAGAUUUCCCAGCUACUGUCGCGCCAUUCAAGCGAGAUGCACGUGCUGCACGAGAGAGUGAGGCGCUCGCAAGAGCGCGAACGGGCUGCAGAGCGCCGUCUGAAGGACAGCGAGGAGCAGUUGCAGAGGAGCCAAAAGACCAUCACACGACUGAAGAAGCUGGUGGACCAAAGAGAGUUAGGAGCCAGAGAUGAGCUGAAUCGCAGGCUAGAAGAGGAAAAAACACGGGCCCAAGAGGCAGAACGGAAGGUUAAGGAGCUGGAGCGAAACUUGGAGCUCAGUAACAGCAGUUUUCAGAGGCAGCUGGUUGCAGAGAAGAAGAAGACCGUCGGUGCUCAGGAGGACAUCAAGACUCUGCAGGAAGAGCUGGAGCGACUGACCAACAAACUCAAGGAAAAAGAGAGAGAACUAGAUGUGAAGAAUAUUUACGCCAACCGCAUGAUAAAAGCCUCAGUGAAGAAAGAUACUGAAAGUGGCACCAAACAGAAAGCUCUUAGCAGGAACAUCAAAAAGGCAGUACAGACUGAGGACAGGACGCCGAGUCUCGAUUUUCCAACGCCUCCCCCUGCCAUCAGCGACGCAUACGAGGGCAGCGAACCGGCACCUGACGAGUAUCUCUCACUUAAGGAGUUUCACAGGGUGGAGAGGCAGUCAGAUGCAGGGGACCUGCCUCCAAACUGUGAAGAGCAGAAAAAGAGAGACAAGAGGAGACAUGAAGAGAAGGAGGUGGCAAAGAAGCAAGAGCACAGACACCGACUAACUCAGGAGCUAAAUAUUGCUGAAGAGAAGGAAAAGAGAAUAAGUAACGGUUUGGAGAAGGAAAAUAAUGAAGAGGAGGAGAGAAAGAGUUUCCUGUUGGACAGGAAGGAAGACGAGAAUUACCGGAAGCGUGGCCUUGUCCAGGAGGAGGUGGCAAAGUGGAACCAGGAAUCUCUGUCCAAUCAGCAAGCAGCAGAGGAAGCACGGCGCAAGAAAGAGCAGCUGCUGGCUAAGAUGCGUGAAAUAGACAAUCAGAACCAGGGAGCCCAGGACUCCAUGUUUGUGGAGCCCAGUCCUCCUGAGUCCAGUAACGGCACCAGGGACUAUUCUCCACGUCCACCCGACCACAGGGAUCCCACUUCUUCCAUUUUCAACCUGACAGAAGCAGAGGAGAUGGAUGGUUUGCAUGCUGGAAGGAGGAGAGCAGGAUUAGAAAGUGGAGCCGCUACAGGAGGAAAGGGGAGGAGAGUGCUGCGGUCUCAAACUUCCAGUGAUGAUUUGGCGUUCGGAGGCUACGCGCCUUCGUUUGGACGGCCAACUUCCAGAGCUUCCUUUGGCUUCCCGCCACCUCCAGGCGAAGAGGACAGGAGCUCUGCAUUAGAAGCCAUAGGAGUGUUUAGUCUCAAAGGUGUAGAGACGGAGAAGAACGGGGACGCGGAUAAACGGGACGGGAAGGACAGGAAGCUGAGCCUCAUGCAGCAGCUGUUUGGUGCCCAGGCCUUGUUAGCCGGUGAUGGUCUGAGUUCAGCCAGUAAAAUGGAGGUACUCGAUAGUCCUCCUCCGCCGUCUAACGGAGUUCAUUCAAGGCGGAAAGGACUCCUCAGCUUCAGCUCAGGCUCCUCCACUCCUCCAGCAUCCUCUGUUAACACACUACAUGUUGCAGACAGCAGACCUGCUGUCCGUGCCAUCGCCUCGUUUGAUGAUGAGAUUGAAGAACUCACUUUGUAAAACAUACAACUGCAAUAAAUGUAGCUUGAAAAUAGUCUUGGACGGGUAGAGAGAAAGCAGAGUGAGGGCAUCAUUGUUCUGCAAAAGAUGUCAUCAGAAUCUCCUAUUAUUCAAUCAUUACACCUGUAAUAGGAUUAUCAGUCUACACUAAAACUUUGCAUGUUUUGUAUAGUUCAAGGUUUCUGUUGUGAAUAGAUGAUUUUUGAUCCUCCUUUUGGUCACUUUCUAAAAAAAAAAAUGUUUUUUU